AUGGCUUUAGAGCCGGGAGCCGAAGCAGUGCCAACAAAUGAGUUUCAAGUACCUCUGAGUCCUUAUUUUGUUUUACAUUUUAAUCUUUUUAACACUGACUUUCUUACCCAAAUCAUUCUUUAGGGCUGCAGGGUUCUGGUUGAUGCACGAGAUAAACUGGGGAUCCCUUGGCAGUACACUGAGAAUGAGAAGCAUGGUAUGUUUCUGAUGGCUUUUGAGAACAAAGCUGGAAUGCCCGUCGAGCCUGCCACCUUCCAGUUGUAUGUACCCGCACUGAGCGCGCUGUGGAGGGACUCGGGAAUCAAGGAAGCCUUUAGCCGCCGGAGCGAGUAUCAGCUGGGUGAAUCGGUGAAAUACUUCCUGGAUAAUCUGGAUCGGAUCGGUCAACUGAAUUAUUUCCCCAGCAAACAAGAUAUUUUACUGGCUAGGAAAGCCACCAAAGGGAUAGUAGAGCAUGAUUUCAUCAUUAAAAAAAUACCUUUCAAGAUGGUGGAUGUAGGUGGACAGAGAUCUCAGCGUCAGAAGUGGUUCCAGUGCUUUGAUGGAAUAACUUCAAUUCUGUUCAUGGUCUCCUCCAGUGAAUAUGAUCAGGUUCUCAUGGAAGACAGGCGCACAAACAGACUUGUGGAGUCCAUGAAUAUUUUUGAGACAAUAGUCAAUAACAAGCUUUUCUUUAAUGUUUCUAUUAUCCUAUUCCUCAACAAGAUGGAUCUUCUUGUAGAGAAGGUGAAGACUGUCAGCAUUAAGAAGUAUUUCUCGGACUUUAAGGGUGACCCUCACAGGCUAGAUGAUGUCCAGCGUUAUCUGGUGCAGUGCUUUGACAGAAAGAGGAGAAACCGUAGUAAGCCGCUCUUCAAUCACUUCACCACUGCCAUAGACACUGAAAACAUCCGCUUUGUGUUUCAUGCCGUGAAGGACACAAUCCUUCAAGAGAAUCUGAAGGAUAUUAUGUUGCAGUGAAGGAGAGCAGCCCAUACUCUGUUAAAAUUUGCCGCAGGGUUAGAUCAAAGUUUUUAUUCUUUCUUUAUGGCCCUUGCAUGUGGUGUAGGACCCAUGCUAUUUGCUUGGCUCAGGAAUGCUGUAAACUAGCCAGCCCAAACAGAGGGGCUACAGGCCGAAGGAGUCAAAUGUUGAUGUUAGCUACUGAAUCAUUUGGACUAGAAACACUACUGAAACAUGGCCAUUGUAGGUGUUCUGUACCUAGUUUGGAGUACUGAAUAACAUAACCACCUUCUACCUUCUUAGAAAUUUUUGUUUUCUCUGACAAACCUUUUAAGGAAGACACUUUGUUUUAAAUGAAUAUGUUUAUUUUUCAGAGACACUAGUCAUAAAAACUGCCUUUUUUGUAGUUUGAAGGUGCUGAAUUAAUCCAACUAAUCUAAAACAUAACAAGAUUGGUAGCUGCAUUGGAGAAUGUUAACAAAGUUGCAUUCUUAACCAUUAGGUAUAUAAUCAGACCUUAUGUGCGUUUUCAAUUCUGCCAAGGAUCUGGAGUCCACUUUGCAAGGUGGAUGCACAGCUUUUGUCUGAAGGCUUUGCAUGAGUCUCCUGAAGCAAAAGUCUGAGACAGUCUCUGUAAAGGAAACCCAUGUUGGAGUAAAUUGGAUGGGAGAUCUAAGACCUGGCCGAUACGGAGAAGGGUUUAUUUUGCACUAUGUGUGAAGGGUAUUAUAUCAUGGGGAAACAAACUUCCGUGGUAAAGCAGCCUGUGCUGGAGCAUCUGACCAUCUCUCCGCACAGCGGGUACUGUAGUGAGAUGUACUUCAUGGCAAUCCAGUGCUGCUUUCACACCUGCAGUUGGCAGCAUUUCUGAAGGUUUAGUAUCUCACAUGACAGGGCUUUGUCUGUAUUCAAAAGUAUGAAAGCUGAUAAAACUCUUAAGCAAAGGUUUUGGUAGUGCAGCAGCUGCUUGAUUAGUUCCCAACAGCUGACCUUAUAGGAAGACUGAACACUCUAGAGAUCCCAGUUUUACAACUGCACUGAUGUAUUUGGACAGCAGGACCUUGCUGUAAAAUUAGCCCUUAAUCUGUGUCGUAGUGGGAUCUUUAGCCUGUAUUAAUGCACCUGUAAUUAUGAGUACAGUCAAGUCAAAAGUUGCCCGUUUCAGGCAAUGGCUUGUGUGUAAAAUUGCAAGAGGUUAUGAAUAAUGUUAUUAUAUGAACUGUUAGUUUCCUAGCUUUCUCAACUCGCCUAACUAUCUAUCUAUCGGGUGCCUUUCUGUGUCCAGAUAUAUCUGAUCUUUUCUAUUACAGCGGUGUACAUGGACAAACUUAAGAUCUGCCUUUUAUCUCAACAUUGUAGUGCUAUCUUUUAGGUAAUUUUUAAACAUAGUUUACUGUGCAAUUUGUGUCAUAGUUUUAUCCAAGAAUAAAAUCUGAAGGGCUGUUUAUAUCCAUACAAAGUCAGCAGGAUCCCUGGAGUUCUUAUCCACUUUGAGACUGUAAUGGCAUGUCAAAACAAGCAACAUUGUACUUCAGCUGGUAAUCCCAUGGGAGAUGUGGUCUAAAAAAAUCCUAUUCUGUUGUCCUUUCAUAUUAAUUUGGAUAAAAUCUGGAAUCUUUUUUUCUCUGAAGUUUGCAGAUGUUCAUAUUGGUGUAUAGUUUCCUAAUGUAGCAAUCUAUUGGUUUUCUUUGUGCAGACUUCUGAGUGAAAAAGAUGUGGCUAUUUUGUAGUCUUAUAUAACGCACACAGUACUGAGGUCAUAAGCAAGUGAAAAGUUGCAGACAGAAAAAUCUAAUUUAAAUUUAAAACUUCCAUUGCUUAACGAACUUAAACAGGAAUUAGCUUCCUUGUAAGAAGUCUUAUUUUUGCCAGGACCAAGUCUGUCUUUUUAAUGUUUAUUCAUUUUUAACCGUGAAGGGAAAAUGUCAUGUGACUCUUCAGGUGGAGGAAAAUCUUAAGAUUAUUACAUUUGAAAAGGUAAAUGUUUCAGCCUAAAUUGAUGCAAAUAACAGUUCAGUCAUUGUAGAGGGUCAUGUCUCUAAGCUAGCCCAUGUGCUUGACUCAAGACUAAAAUAUUGUUCCAAUACUUUCAGAUAUUCUUGGAGUUCUGGUAGCGACCUCCACUUCACGCAGGACUCUGGGACUUGACUUUAUUUCCUAGUUUGCUGUGAGUUUUAUUGUUUCACUAAGUUUUCCAGAUGGGCUAAUAUGCUUGUUUUCUCAAAUGAGUUAAACAUUCCCUUUCAACUGUAUCUUUCUAAAGUUACCUCAGUUUUAUGUCUGCAUCUACUGCGGUAUUACCUGGGAGGCAUAGCAUGGAAUUUCCUGUCUUGUUUUUUUUUCCUUCAUGGUCAUCUAUGGUUUUGUAUCCUUAGUCACCUUAUGGAUUUAAAACUAAGAGCUAAUAAUGCAAUGUAUAUUUAUCUCAGUAACUUAAUCUGUUGCACCUGCAAAAAAAAAAAAAAACCAGCAUGAGAUGUCUUUUAUUGAGCUGUCAAACUUGCUAGUAAGUUUUUUUAUAUGGUAUGGCAAUUUUGCACAAUAAAUCAGGAUUUUAGGGAACCCGUUUGAUCACCUCAGUCCCACUAUAUCACCUUUCUUCUUUCUGUUGAUAAAAUGGACCUCAGCACAAUGCUCUAGACUGCAGAUGGAAAUCAGUAGUUUUGGCUCUGUAGAAUCUGGCUUUUGUAGGCUCUGUCUCCCGUCUAACUUUGGUUUGGUCUUAGUGGUUCACACCAAGAACUCAAGAUCAAGAAAAUCUUUUUGCACAGGUCACUUCUCAUGUUUGCAGUGGAUCUGGCCGGUGACUGCUUGAGGGAGAAGGAUUUUUUGUAAGUGGCAGGUAUGUUUCUUCUGCUGUUAACUACAGGAUCUCCUUCUUGCCACAGCCGAGAUCUUGGGUGUUUUUGUUGUUGUUCUGUUUUCCCAAGGUAAGUUGUAGUAUGAGAAAGCCAGAAAUUCAUAUGAUGGUAAUUCAGCUAAUUACUAAAGCAGAACUUAGGUAGCUUAGGUUGUACAAACAUCUCAGGACAGACUUGAUCCAUUGCUCGGUCCUUUCGCAAGAAGCAACUGGUGACUUUAUUUUAAGUGACAUCCUGGAGAACUUUGCAGGUAAACACAGCUGGAGAGAACAUCUUUUUUUUUGUUAACUUUAUAGGGUUAUUGUUCAUUUGGCUAGUCAGGAAAUGGGUCACAAGCAGGAUAAUAAUCAGAUGGAAGCCUUGAACAACUACUUUUAAAAAAGGCCUUUUUCUGUCCCUGCUCUGAUACCCGUGGGUCAGUAGUGGGGGUGUUCCAAAUGUGUUGUCUCUUGCAAGGACAAAGGGAGGAAGUGCUUGCAGCAUGUGCAUGCAGGAGACAUUUAUGCAAUCUUGCAAUUUAAAAAGAAUAGCUAUUGGGAGUCUUUUAUCAAACACUACUUUGUAUUUAGUGUCCUGAAAACAGGACUGUAAACUUCCAUUUAAAGUACCAUUCCUAGUGGAUUGGAAUUAAAAAUGAAGAAUAGUUUUUGGCAGGAAUAUUUUGUAUAAAUUGCAUAUUUAAUAGGAAAUUGUCACUUUAAAGAAAUUAUAUAGUUUUAAUGUUGAAGAUAUUAAAAUUAUGGAACUGAAAUUAUUGGCUGCUCAACUUUACAACUCAUGAAGAUGUAUUUAGUUUGACACCAAGUAUUGGUUUUAUUUCAUCCAAUA